CACAGAGGUCUCUCUGUUUCAGUCAGCUGCUCCAAAACAUCCACCAUCAACUUUAACAGAAAUGCAACUGGCGACGAUCGACUCCGCUCCGGCCCGAUUCAUCCGUAAACGAGCCUCCGGUUAGUUUUAAAGAAGAGAAGCAGGUCUGACACCAUGAACCAGGUGGAUUCUGUCCAGCAGCAGCGGACUGACAGUGUGUGUCUGGAGGACAAAGUGCGGAUGAAACGCCUCCAUGAGCCGCAGGACGUUGUUCUGAAGCAAACCGCUGUGUCUCCUGCGGACGUCCAGCAGCUGUUGGUUAUUAAAGAAGAGGUUCCUGAUGAAUGGAGCUCCAGUCUGGAAGACCCAGAACUCCUCCACAUGAAGGACGAACAGGAAGGAGAGCAGCUUAAUGGGCAGGAAGAGACUGAUAUCAGCAGGUUUUCAUUCACUGCUGCUGCUGUGAAGAGUGAAGACGAUGAAGAGAAAACUCAGUCCUCACAGCUUCAUCAGAGCCCGAGUGACGACAACAGAGAGGAAACAGACAGCUCAGCUGAACAGAUGAAAACAGAAAGUAAUGGAGAGGACUGUGGAGGACCAGAACCAACCCAGAACCCAGAUCCAAAUAGUAGUUUGCAACCAAAUACUGAUGGAAAGUGUUCAGACUCUUCUGACACUGACAUCAGUAAUGAUGAUGAGGAUGAAAAAGAUGAUGAUGACGAAUGGCAGGAACCUUUGUCAGAUUCUGGAUCUGAAACUAAAGACAGUGACAAAAAAACUUUCGGUUGCUCCGAAUGUGAUAAACAAUUUCUCCACAAGCAGUCUCUUCAAAGACACAUGACAUGUCAUUUAGGAAAAAGCUCCUCCAGCUGUUCGGUUAAUAAGAAAUGUUCUAGAAUGAAGCAAAACGUGGAUCCACAGACAAGAGUUUACCGAGCAGAGAAAUCAUUUGGUUGUGAUGUUUGUGGACAAACUUUUAACCGAAAGACAAAUCUUGAGACACACUUGAGAGUCCACACAGGAGAAAAACCUUUUCAUUGUGAUAUUUGUGGCGAACGAUUCAGACAUCAGAACAGUUUUAAAGCACACAUGAGAGUACACACAGGGGAGAAACCAUUUAGUUGUGAUGUUUGUGGGAAAAGAUUUAGCAGAAAGUUACAUCUUAAGACACACAUAAGAGCGCACACCGGAGAGAAACCAUUUGGUUGUGAUUUUUGUGGGAAAAAGUUUAUUCAUCCGCACAAUAUUAAAAGACACAUGAGAAUCCACACGGAGGAGAAACUGUUUAGUUGUGAUAUUUGUGGGAAAAGAUAUACACAGCAAGGGGAUCUUAAGACGCACAUGACAGUUCACACAGGAGAGAAAGCAUUCAGCUGUGACGUUUGCGGUAAAAAGUUUAGACAUCAAGGAAGUCUGAAGAGACACGCAAGAAUCCACACAGGAGAGAAACCAUUUAUUUGUAAUAAUUGUGGGAAAAGUUUUAGACGUAAGUGUAAUCUUAAAACUCACCUGACAGUUCACACAGGAGAGAAACCAUUUGUGUGCGAUGAUUGUGGUGAGAGAUUUAGACAUCAGGGAAGUCUGCAGAGGCACAUGAAAGUCCACACAGGAGUGAAGCUAUUUAGCUGUGACGAUUGUGGUAAAGGAUUUAGCCAAAAGACACAACUGAAGACACACAUGAGAGUCCACACAGGAUAA